AUGUCUACGUCGAAGACUGGCAAGCACGGCCACGCUAAAGUCCAUUUGACUGCUUAUGAUAUAUUCACCAACAAGAAGCUGGAAGAGUUGUGCCCUUCUACUCACAAUAUGGAUGUGCCAAAUGUGAGCCGCAAGGAGUAUCCGUUGAUCGAUAUUUCUGAUGACGGCUACCUUUCCUUGAUGACCGAUGGCGGAGACACGAAGGAUGAUAUCAAGAUACCUGAACCUAGUAGUGAUCCUAAAAAUAAAGAGGGACCCCGCGAAAAGCUAAACACCCUGUACCCCGAGGAAGAUUCGAAGAAAAAGGAUACGGCCUAUCUCCAAGGCUUCCAGCUUGUUCUUUGGAAACAAUCUCGCGAUCUCGCGCACUCCUUCAGCCUACCAUCAGAAUUGGAGGAUGUUGUGAAGAAUUUGUGGGGCCUACGCUUGCAGUUGGUAAGAGACAGAAUCGAUGAAGGAAACAGCAACGGAGACAUUAUAUUCAGUUCGCAGUCCACGACGGAAGAGGAAGACGAAGCCCCAAGCCAAGACAUGGCUAAAUGGAAGAGCAAGUAUCCACCAGCGUUGGUCGAAACAUUGGCAUUGUGCUAUAUUGCAGCUACGCUUCUUCGACUACCGGUCAGCAUGGGAGAACUGUAUCGGUAUGCCCUCAGGGAAGAUAUUUGCUUCGUCCGAGCGAUCCGCUUCAUUCCGCAGGCCUUGAGAUCCAAGUUACCCCCCGAAUUUAUCAAAGCCUUGGACACCACUUCCCCACUCGGCCCUGAUCAGCUCAGGGUGGCUAUCCACGGUCUCACCUUGCUGUUUCGACAUCGCUUCGAUCUCGAUAUUCCUCCAUUGAAUGCGCCGUUGAUGCUCUUCAAAUAUGUCCAGAAACUUGCGCUUCCAAUUCACGUAUACCAGGCUGCUUGGAGGAUCUCCAAAAUCGUCUCCAUGGAUUUCGCAUCGCCUUCACCACUAGGACGGCAAAGAAUAUCUGGCUUGCCGGAAAUGGGCCUCAUUAGCCUGCUCGUUAUAGCAGUCAAGCUGUACUACCCAUUCCUAUCGGAUGCUCAACAUGCCACAUCACUACAGGAUCCAACUAUACUGCGACUGAAUUGGGAUAUCUGGCUUGCAGCAACGAAAAAGCAUGAGCUCCGGCUCAUGGACGAGCAGAAUAUUCCGCUCGGCUCUGCGAUCCAGAUCACGGAAGAAAGUGUCAUGAAUAUGAAUGGAGAUCAAGCAGACGAAUACCUUGACUGGUGUGAGCGCAUGUGGGUCGAUGAAGCGCGUGCAGAAAGAAAGCCCCGAGCUUUACCUGAGCAAUUGCUGAAAAUGUUUCCGUUGGGACGUCGAGACCCUUCAGAGUCUCGAGCAAAUGGGCUUGAGGCGCAAGCCGAGCACGAGCGAGACUCUGAGCGGCGGCGACUGAGCGAAAUUAUCAGGUCACUUGAAGUGCAUCAAACGGACGGUGACGGGAGAAUGGACAUUGGAGCGAAAAUGGUGGGAGCGACGUAUAAGCGCUAUCGCUGCCUCGAGGACUUGGAUGCUCGGGCUCGGGCUUUUCACGAAGCAGCAGCAGAUUUAGUAGCGGUGAGAGUGGAAACGCUGUUGACAGCCGUGCUGCAGAUAGAGCGGAGGGUGGUUGUUUGGAGAGAGAGCCAAUCAAGGAGGGACCGAGAGAGUCCUAGCGAGUUCUCUCAGGACGAGGAGAUGGAGCUUGCAGAAGUUGAGACUGAGUGA